CUGCGGACUGCGCACCUUAAAGCGCUUCGGGACCGUAAGACAGUGACUGCUGAGCGCGCGGCCGGGAAGAAGCCUGGGGGCUCUGAGCUCGGAGGACAGAGACAGAAGCCCCGGCCUGCGUCCCUCACAACCUGCGCCUCCAGUCCUCCUGCGCUACUCCGGAAGCGCACCUUCUCGCCCGCAGGCCGCGGAAGUGACAGCGCAGAGCCCUUGCGGCCUCCGCCACCUCCUCACGCUUCAGGUGGACCGAAUCCUUGGAAGGGACAGAUUUGUGACCCAGAAGGAAAUCUCUGGCCUCGGCUGUGGCUCUUGGUGCUGGCCAGAAGCCAACUUCAUGUCUGAGUGCGCGAGCAGCAGUUUGCCAUGGAGAGCUUGGGGCUGCAGACGGUGACCCUUAGUGAUGGGACAACAGCCUACGUCCAGCAAGCUGUCAAAGGAGAAAAGCUUCUUGAAGGGCAGGUGAUCCAGCUCGAGGAUGGGACCACUGCAUACAUUCACCAGGUGACGGUACAGAAAGAAUCUCUCUCCUUUGAGGAUGGUCAACCUGUGCAGCUGGAAGAUGGCAGCAUGGCUUACAUACACCGCACACCCAAAGGUGAGACAGCCCCAGGAGGAGGAACAGCAAGAGUGGAUCACAAAGUGAAGGACCAUGAGAAAUUGGAUGCUGAAACCCUCCUUGAAGGCUAUGACCCCAGCACCCUGGAAGCCGUCCAGCUGGAAGAUGGCUCCACUGCCUACAUUCAUCACCCUGUGGCUGUGCCAUCGGAGAGCACCAUCCUGGCCGUACAGACAGAGGUGGGCUUGGAGGACCUGGCAGCAGAGGAUGAUGAGGGCUUCAAUGCAGACACCGUGGUGGCCCUAGAGCAGUAUGCCAGCAAGGUUCUUCAUGACAGCCAGAUUCCGCAUAAUGGAAAAGGACAGCAAGUUGGAGACAGAGCAUUCCGCUGUGGCUACAAGGGCUGUGGGCGUCUCUACACCACCGCUCAUCACUUAAAGGUGCAUGAACGAGCUCAUACAGGUGACCGUCCAUACAGAUGUGACUUCCCCAGCUGUGGAAAGGCCUUUGCCACAGGCUAUGGACUGAAGAGCCACGUUCGUACCCACACUGGUGAGAAACCAUACAAGUGCCCAGAGGAGCUGUGCAGUAAGGCCUUCAAGACCUCAGGAGACCUGCAGAAGCAUGUCCGUACCCACACUGGGGAACGCCCGUUCCGGUGCCCUUUUGAGGGCUGUGGCCGCUCCUUCACCACGUCCAACAUCCGCAAGGUACAUGUGCGCACCCACACAGGCGAGAGGCCCUACACCUGCCCGGAGCCCCACUGUGGCCGCGGCUUCACCAGCGCCACCAACUAUAAGAAUCAUGUGCGCAUCCACACAGGGGAGAAGCCAUACGUUUGCACGGUGCCAGGCUGCGGGAAACGCUUCACCGAGUACUCGAGCUUGUAUAAGCACCACGUGGUGCACACACACUGCAAGCCCUACACCUGCAGCACCUGCGGCAAGACCUACCGGCAGACCUCCACCUUGGCCAUGCACAAGCGCAGCGCCCACGGUGAGCUGGAGGCCACGGAGGAGAGCGAGCAGGCCCUCUAUGAGCAGCAGCAGCUUGAGGCCGCCUCUGCAGCCGAGGAGAGCCCGCCACCCAAACGACCCCGGAUAGCUUACCUUUCGGAGGUGAAGGAAGAGAGUGAUGACAUCCCAGCCCAAGUGGCCAUGGUGACCGAAGAAGAUGGGGCCCCCCAGGUGGCUCUGAUCACUCAGGAUGGUGCCCAGCAGGUCAGCCUGUCCCCGGAAGACCUCCAGGCCCUGGGGAGUGCCAUCAGUAUGGUCACCCAGCACAGCAGCACCACUCUCACCAUCCCCAGUCAUGAUGCCGACCUGGCCACAUCUGGCACACAUACAGUCACCAUGGUCAGCGCCGAUGGCACCCAGACGCAGCCCGUCACAAUCAUUACCUCUGGGGCUGUGGUGGCUGAGGACUCAGGUGUAGCCUCUCUUCGUCAUCAACAGGUGGCACUGUUGGCCACAGCCAACGGAACGCACAUUGCAGUGCAACUGGAGGAACAGCAGACCUUAGAGGAGGCCAUCAGUGUGGCCACCGCGGCCAUGCAGCAAGGGGCCGUGACCCUGGAGACAACAGUGUCGGAGAGUGGCUGCUGAGUCCAAGAGGGCUGGGUCUCACACCAUGCUGGAGGAAGUGCCAUGCUGCAUGGCCACUCUUGCCCCCAAGGGCCCAAGCUGUGGCUGACACAUGGAAGGUGGCCACAUAGGUCUCUGGGGUGAGAAGACAGCAAGAAAAUGGCCUAACUGAAGGAAAUGGGGACCCUGCCCAAGAUGGGGGCCAGGCAGCUGGAAUCAGGGGAGUGCAUCAUCCCCGGGAGCUGACAACAAACCAAGCUACACCAGGGUGCCCUCCUCUCAAAAUCAGCUGGGCGCCCGCUCUCCUAAAGAACAUCCUUCUGGCCCUCCGUCUGCUCUCCUUCUCAGGUAGAGAUUGGGGCUGCUAUGGGAACUGGCCCUCUUAGGGGAGAGCCACAGACAGCUCUUCAGCCCAGUAGCAGCAGAGCAGGCCCUGUCCUGCCCUCCCAGCAAUAACCACCUUUCUGGAGGCCAGCUGAGAUGCCUGUACUUGGCACCAGGGACUUCCUGACACCACAGUCAAUUAAUUCCUCAGGGGCCUGUGGCUGGAGAAAAGGUGCCCAGCCCCCGCCACUCCUCAGCUGCCCCCCAACCUCUCUAUGGCAGAGAGGUAGGGAGUGGCCCUGUACAUAGACUGCUGGGGAUUGGGUUUGAUUUGUUUUGGUUUUUUUUAAAUUCCAUUUUGAUAAUUUUUUUCCUGCUCUGGGUGGUGGUGGUGGCACAUGGAUGAAUGAGUAUUUAAUAAAAGUUCCAAAUUUC